AUGCCAGCGGUUCAUGCGUCCUCCGCGGGCCCAGGGGAGGAUGUGGCCUCGCAUGCGGACUUCUCCUGCCCCGUGUGCCGCGAGGUGAUGCGCAGCCCGUGCGUGACCCCCUGCGGCCAUACCUUCUGCCACGCCUGCAUCCUGCGCCACGUCCAGCGGGACAGCACCUGCCCCUGCUGCCGGUCCUACCUCACGGAGGCCCGGGUCUGGCCCAACCACCUGCUGGCCGGGGUGUGCAAGGCGCUGGAGGUGCGAGGCGCGCGCACGCGCCUGUCCCCAAUCGCCCGCCUCAAGCGCCUGCUGGAGGAGUCCAAGGAGGCGGAGCUGGACAGGGUGCAGGACCGGCUGGACUGCCUGGAGACCGACAUCCGCGCUGUGGCGCGGCGGGUCGACCCUGGCUGCCUGCCUGGCACCGAGCUGGAGGACACUGGGUCCAGCCGCGAGGAGGGUGAGGACUCCAGCAACGCCUCGGGCAGCGGCGUGUCGCCCCGAGACCCCGCCCCCGGCCCCGACCCGACGCAGGACCUGGCAGGCGCCCCGCUCUUCACCGUGGCCGUCAUCCCGCGCCCGCCUGGCGCCCGGCCCAACAGCAUCGUGUCGGGGCUGGAGUACAACAGCCGCGGCAACCUGUUUGCCUGCGCGGGAGUGUCGCGCCGCAUCAGCGUGUACGAGCACGCCGCGGUGCUGGCCCCGGGCUCGCCGGCGCAGCAGCCGCCGGCGGCGGAGCUCAUGGCCCGCUCCAAGAUCUCCUCCCUGAGCUGGGACCCGGGCAGCGAGCACCGUGUGGCCGCCUCUGACUACGACGGCGCCAUGAGCCUGUGGGACGUGGAGGGUCUGGCGUUGGUGCACGAAUUCGAGGCGCACGUGCGCCGCGUCUGGGCAGUGCACUACUGCGCGGCGGCCCAGGGCCUGCUGGCCACCGGUUCCGACGACGGCCUGGUCAAGCUGUGGUCCACCAGCCUCGCCACCAUGAUCGACGUGGGCGUCAACGUGUGCUGCGUGCGGUGGCGCCCGGGGUCCAGCCACCAUGUGGCCCUGGGCUGCUCGGACCACCACGCGUACCUGUACGACACGCGCCAUGUGGCGCGGCCGCUGGAGACGCUGUCAGGCCACAGCAAGCCGGUGUCGUACGUGCGCUGGCUGGACUCUGGCAGCCUGAUCACCGCCUCCACCGACUCCACGCUGCGGCGAUGGGGCAUGCUGGGCGCCGACCCCGGGCCGGGGCCCUCCAGCUACACUGGGCACACCAACGAGAAGAACUUUGUGGGUCUGUGCGUGGAGGACGGCCUCAUUGCGAGCGGCAGCGAGACCAACGAGCCCUUUGUCUCCGCAGUGGCCUGGCGGCCGGGGGCGGAGCACCUGCUCGCAGCGAACUCGGCCGGUGCCAUUCAGCUCAUGCGCGUGGUGGGCUCCGACUGA